AUGGAGGAGGCGGCGCGGCGGGCGCUGCGGCGCGGGCGGGCGCGGCUCGUGGCGGGCCUCAGCCCGGAGCCGCUCUGGCGGCCGCUGCAGCAGCGCGGGCUCUUCACGCCGACCAUGGUGGAGGAGCUGCAGAGCGCUGGCAGCCGAGGGGAGCAAGCCCGGAAGCUGGUUAUUGACUUGGAGACUCGAGGGAAACAGGCUUUUCCCAUGUUCCUCUCCAUCCUGAGGGACACUGGGCAAGGGGACCUGGCUGACAUGCUGAUGGAGGAGUACCAAGGCCUGCCAGCAGCACCACAGCCAGUGGACCUGCAGCCUGUCCAGCUGGACAUACAUGCGGAGAAGCAUAAUAAAAAUGUGAACUUCCCUGAACGUUUGCCCUUCCUGGUCCAAGCUAAGAGCGAACGCCCUCGAACGCCGGCUGUAGACAAGAGGAACCAUGACUUGGUUUAUGAGCUGAAAGCAGACCCAUGUGGACGCUGCCUGAUCAUCAACAAUGUCACCUUCAGCAGAGACUCCUGUCUGUCCCCUCGGGAUGGUUCUGAUGUGGACUGCAAGAAGCUGGAGAAGCGCUUCAAGGCCUUGCGCUUCGAUGUCCUGACCCGGCGGAAUCUGCCAGCUCAGGAAAUGGUUUCUGAGCUGCAGAGACUGGCACGGCGGGACCACAGCGCCUUGGACUGCUGCAUCGUGGUCAUCCUCUCCCAUGGGUGUCAGACCAGCCAUAUUCAGUUUCCUGGAGGCGUUUACGGAACAGAUGGAACUCCCAUUCCAAUAGAAAAGAUUGUCAACUAUUUCAAUGGGUCCAAUUGCCCGAGUCUGAGAGGAAAACCCAAACUCUUCUUCAUCCAGGCCUGUGGUGGAGAACAGAAGGAUCGUGGCUUCGAAGUGGAUCACGAUUCACCCAGCGACGAAGCUCCAGAAGGUUCUUUGGAGUCAGAUGCUGUUCCAUUUCAGACUCCACUGGGUAAUGGGGAUGAACCAGAUGCCGUAGCCAGUUUGCCCACCCCAAGUGAUAUCUUGGUGUCCUACUCGACUUUCCCAGGUUUUGUCUCCUGGAGGGAGGUGUCGAGUGGCUCGUGGUACGUGGAAACGCUGGACAGCGUGCUGGAGCAACACGCCCGCUCGGAGGAUCUGCUGAACAUGUUACUGCGGGUGGCCAAUGCUGUCUCUGCCAGGGGCAGGUACAAGCAGAUCCCUGGCUGUUUCAACUUCCUCCGGAAAAAGUUCUUCUUCUCCUGCAAGUGAGGUGUGUGCUCCGAGGCUGAGUCACUCCCCCACAGCUGGGUGAAAUCAGCGCCCUCUAGCACUCGGCGUCGAUGCUGCCAGCAGCCUUUGUCAAGAUGUUUGUCCUGAGAAAUGUAACCUGGGAAUGCUCUCCUCGCUGGGAAAGAGAGAUGAGAUGGAGAGCAGUGCUGGAAUGUGUGAAGGGCAGAGCCGAGGUGGCCAGAGGAAGCCCCUUUGCCAGGGCAUGUGCCAGCCCAGCGCCUUGAGAGUGCCUCACCACAGCUACACUCAGCUUCUGAGUCCUCUCUUCUUUCAGUGGUCAGGAUGUGUGUGUCAUUUGCUGCCUGGAUAAGUGAUGGAUGGCCAUCCAGGGCUGGCACUUGGGGACAGUGCAAUGAGGUGGGUUUUUUUCCAGUGCUUCUCAUUUUCAAGUAAAAGGUGAUGAAAAAGGGAGCAGA